AUGACAUACACAACUUUUCAAGCUCAACGAACCACGAUCGACCUCAUCCUUGUUGCAACCCAUCCACCCCACUCCUUCGGAGUCCUUCUUGUCGAUUUGACGGCCCCAAUCUUCCUUUUAGCGCUUACCCAGGGUUUAUACAACGAAAAGGCGCAGGGGUACACUUCUAGGAGCCAGGUCCCUUCUAGGAGCCAGGUCAAGCCACCUUGCGAUGCGUGGAAGAGUUAA